GAAAUGUGGGCACACUGGAGAAAUUUUCUUGUAGUAGCUGUGCUGUGAAAAAUAUUUAUAGUGAAAAAUAUACAUCAAAGCUACUUGCCAUUCUUCGGUGGAAAAAUCUUGCACAGAAACUGCGCAGCAAAACAAAGAAAUAGAAAAAACAAAUACAGAAACAUGGGCGAUGUUAUGAAUAUCGACAGCAUCAUAUCAAGACUUCUGGAAGUGCGUGGGGCACGGCCUGGCAAAAAUGUUCAGCUCUCCGAGAGCGAAAUUCGUGGCCUCUGUCUAAAGUCGCGAGAGAUUUUUCUGUCGCAGCCCAUACUCUUAGAGCUGGAAGCACCAUUGAAGAUUUGCGGCGACAUACAUGGCCAAUAUUACGAUUUGUUGCGCCUAUUCGAGUACGGUGGCUUCCCCCCGGAAUCAAAUUACCUAUUUUUGGGCGACUACGUCGAUCGUGGCAAACAGUCUCUGGAAACCAUCUGCUUGCUGCUCGCCUAUAAGAUCAAAUACUCUGAGAACUUCUUUUUGCUUCGCGGUAACCAUGAAUGUGCCAGCAUAAAUCGCAUCUAUGGAUUCUACGACGAGUGCAAGCGCCGCUACACCAUCAAAUUGUGGAAGACAUUCACUGACUGCUUCAACUGCUUGCCAGUGGCAGCCAUUGUGGAUGAGAAAAUAUUCUGUUGCCAUGGUGGUCUCAGUCCGGACCUAUCGUCGAUGGAGCAAAUUCGACGCAUCAUGCGUCCCACCGAUGUACCAGAUCAGGGCCUACUUUGCGAUUUACUGUGGUCCGAUCCUGACAAGGACACCAUGGGCUGGGGCGAGAAUGAUCGUGGCGUCAGUUUCACCUUUGGCGCCGAGGUGGUGGCCAAAUUUUUAGAGAAGCACGAGUUCGAUCUCAUUUGCCGCGCCCAUCAGGUCGUCGAGGAUGGCUAUGAGUUCUUCGCAAAGCGCCAACUUGUUACACUCUUCUCGGCUCCGAAUUACUGUGGCGAAUUUGACAAUGCUGGAGCAAUGAUGUCUGUGGAUGACUCCCUUAUGUGUUCAUUCCAGAUAUUGAAACCGGCAGACAAGCGUAAAAAGUAAUAUCACUAAUAAUCUUCGUACACACACACACACAACACACCCA